AUGUCGUGGUCAAUAAAAAAAUGUUAUCAAAAAAUAUCACCAGUUGUUUAUGAGGAACUUGAUAAUUGGGCUGAUAUUGCAUAUUAUGAAUAUAAUACAAGAGUUGGUGAUGUACAUCAUAGUCAUUCACAGUGUAUUAUUAUUGAUGGUUUUUCAAAUCCAAUGGAUAAUACAUCAAGAUUUUCAAUUGGUAAAUUAAUUAAUCCAAGUCGUCAUCCAUUAUCUGAAUCAAUUAGAAAACAUAUUGGUAAAGGUUUACAUUUACAUUAUAUGGGUGGACAAGCUGUUAUGAUAUUUAAUUUUGAAGAAUUUUCAACAUUAAUAUCACAACGUGUUAAUCGUGGCUAUGAAGCUGUUCAUGAAUUAACUAAAAUGUGUGUUAUGAGGGCAUCAUUUGUCAAAGGAUUUGGACCAGAGUAUCCAAAAAGAUAUGAUAUAACAUUGGCACCAUGUUGGGUUGAAAUACGAUUGAUCAGUGCAUUCAAAUGGUUGGAUAAAGUUAUGACAACAAUGGAUUCACCAGCUAGUCGUGCAACUUCUUAUUCAUAA